GUGAAAGAGAAAGAGCACACAUGGCUCUGUUCCAGACUUCCUGCUCUCUGAGUGUGCCCAGUCCGUGCGCCUCAUUCUAGAGGUGCGUGUCGAGCGCGUGCAUGCUAACAUCCACCUCCCCUUCACCCCUUCCACUGCAACUUUGGAAGUGAGGCUCAGACCACGCGACCCGCUGACAGAGCGGACAAGCAGCAGGAAGAAGAAGAGGUCGGGGCGGAGCGGGAUGCCAGCGGCAGCGUCCUGAAGAGUGGACUCCCUCCUGCUCGCUCGCACGCUCUCGUGCCUGGGAAAAGAACGCCAGCCUCCGUCCCUCAGUCAUGGAGUCACCCACGAAAGAGAUCGAGGAGUUUGAGAGCACCUCACUGAAGUACCUCCAACCCGACCAGAUUGAGAAAAUCUGGCUGCGGCUCCGAGGACUGAGGAAGUAUAAGAAGACAUCACAGAGAUUGCGGUGUCUUGUGAAACAGCUCGAGAGGGGGGAGGCAUCCCUUGUUGACCUGAAGAAGAACCUUGAAUAUGCAGCCUCUGUGCUCGAGUCUGUUUAUAUCGAAGAGACAAGGCGGCUGGUGGACACGGAGGAUGAGCUCAGCGACAUCCAGUCUGACUCGGUGCCGUCGGAGGUGCGUGACUGGCUGGCCUCCACGUUCACGCGUCAGAUGGGCCUGAUGCUACGGCGGACGGAGGAGAAGCCGCGCUUCCGCAGUAUUGUACACGCCGUGCAGGCCGGGAUAUUUGUGGAGAGAAUGUACCGCCGUACGUCGAACAUGGUGGGACUGAGUUACCCUGCAUCUGUCAUAACUGUUCUGAAGCACAUAGACAAAUGGACUUUUGACGUCUUCGCUCUGAAUGAAGCAAGUGGUGACCAUGCGCUGAAAUUCAUUUUCUACGAGCUCCUGACCAGAUAUGACCUCAUCAGCCGAUUCAAGGUCCCCAUCUCAGCCCUGGUGUCCUUUGUGGAAGCUCUGGAGGUGGGCUACAGCAAACAUAAAAACCCGUACCACAACCUCAUCCAUGCCGCUGACGUCACACAAACUGUACACUACCUACUGCUCAAGACUGGAAUGGUGCACUGGCUAACUGAGUUGGAGAUUUUUGCCAUGAUCUUCGCCGCUGCGGUGCACGACUAUGAGCACACAGGGACCACAAACAACUUCCACAUCCAGACCAGGUCAGACACGGCAAUUCUGUACAACGACCGCUCGGUCCUUGAGAGUCACCACGUAAGCGCUGCAUACCGCCUCCUUCAGGACGACGAUGAGAUGAACAUCCUCUACAACCUCUCCAAAGAUGACUGGAGGGAGUUCAGAGCUCUGGUGGUGGAGAUGGUGCUGGCCACAGACAUGUCCUGCCACUUCCAGCAGGUCAAAAUCAUGAAGAACUUCCUGCAGCAACCCGAGGGAGUCGAUAAACCCAAAGCACUCUCUCUGGUGUUGCACACUGCCGAUAUCAGCCACCCAGCUAAGAACUGGGAUCUACACCAUCGCUGGACCACCUCUUUACUGGAGGAGUUCUUCAGACAGGGUGACAAGGAGGCGGAGCUAGGGCUGCCUUUCUCCCCGCUGUGCGACCGCAAGUCCACCAUGGUGCCCCAGUCCCAGACUGGGUUCAUCGACUUCAUCGUUGUUCCCACAUUCACCGUCCUCACGGACAUGGUGGAGAGGGUCGUGACCCCGCUUAUCGAAGAGGCAGCUCACUCCGGCCUGGCAGGCUUCCGCAGGUCAAGCCUGAGCAGCAUUCCUGCCGGGGAGGGCAAGCGUCCGAGCGUGAACAGCGCCGGCUCAGAGGCCAGCUGCUCCCUGCUGGCCGUGGACCUGAAGAACUUCAAGGCCAUCUGGAACGAGCAGGUCUCCCAGAACCGCGAGCGGUGGAAGGUCCGUGCUGCUAAAGAGUCAGAGGAGAAGGCCAAGCGGGAGGCUGAGGAGAAGGCCCAGCUGGAGGGCGCAGCAGCGAGCGCGGACACCCCGGCGGAAGCGGGGCAGGUGGACCUGGCGAGCGCGGGCUUGGGGAAGGCCCAGCCGGAGGGGGGCGUGGAGGCGGCGGCUUGUACAGCGGGCGGCCCCCGCGCUGAAAAGGCCCAGCUUGGAGAUGCCAGCCCCCCGCUGCACAACGGCGAGGUGUCGGACAACGUGAGGUCUCCAGGCAGCGAAGAGAACAGAGACAAAGCACUCAGAGAAGCUGAAGGGGACUAACAUGGAUGGUUUGUGGGGUGCUGCUGUGCUGCUAGGCUGCUGUGCUGAACACUCGACUCUCCGGUUUCCUCUCCAGUUGGCCAAAGGCCUAUUCUGCAGCUCCACAGUGCCCCCUACUGGACUCAACCUGUGCUUACACCGUUCGCUUCUGGCAUCUUCCCUUCGGAAGGCCUCUGCUUGCUGUCUCUCUUCAGUGACUCUUAGGCAGAUCUGUCCCUUUCCAACGCUUCAGUGGGAAGUGUGUGAGGUGCCUGGGAUGCAGGCACUGGCUCACUCUCUUUUUUACAGAUUCCCGUCUGUCACUGGUCCCGACAAGAAUUUUUCAAAGUGAGAGAUUGGCAGCCUGCUUAUCAUUUGUUGGACUGUGUUUUUCUUUUUCUUGUUUGAUGAAGCAAAGAGCAUCUCCCUUUAUAUUAACCCCAUUUCGUUCGUUCUUUAAUUCUUUCUUUCGCUUGUGUCAGCGCAUUUGUUGGUGUUUUCUGUCGGAGGCGGAAGCUGACUCGGCUUUCUCCAUUCUCCUAAUGUCUUUGUUUUUAUCUCAUUCAUUAGACACACUGUUUAUUUCCCCUUUCCUGACUACUCAGCAUCCACAAACACAAGCACAGCGAUUCCAUUUUGCCACUCUGCCAGUUGCCUAUAUCAUGUGCCCCAUUACAAAAAAAAACUGCUCAAGGAGACCAACUGAAUGCAUUUGAAUAUACAUAUCCUGUAUGUGAAUCUUUUCAUCAAACAGUGUAGUUUGCAAAAUAAAUAACGUUUAUUUCUUGCCUUUGGAUGUUAGAAUUUGCAGCCUGCACACCCUGUUUGCCCGUUGGCUGCAAUUCCAAAGGCAUGGCAAGCAGCCGAAACAGCACGCAGCUCUGCUCUCUAACACGAGCGCUGUCAUACGCCCCAAGCCUUUCGGGGGUCGAAUCAGACACGACGUGCUGCACGCUGGGCCCUCUGGCUCAGUGGCUGGUGGUUUUGAGUACGCAUGAAGCCCUAGUCUUUAGUGGUACCUCCUGGUCUGGCAGUGGAGUACUGCUCUGUUUUGUUCUGUUUCAAAUGUGCUCUCUAAUGUCCUCGGUGUGACCUUGAUGUGACCUUAGUGUGACCUGGCACUCACACCAGUGACCUGGCACAGUGUUCAGCAUGGUGGUUCGGUGGCAACGCCAUGCUUGUUUAAAAAAAAAAAAAGAAUAGCGCUAAUAGUGGAAAUACAAUAAUCCACUUGAUGUGUAAAUGUGUUUUUAUUGUACACUGAUGCAUCCGCGAUUUGGCCCAAGCUUUUAGAAGUGAGCUCUAUGAAGUGACAGUUUUUCCUGAUCGACCACAUGUCAGUCCUAUUUCUUAGUCUGCUUGGAACUCAGUGGAUGUCUUCUGGCUGUCUGUUGACUGCAUCGGUAUACUGCUUGUAUUCACACAGUGUAACACUUGUCUCACACUUCUGCUGUGCUACAGAUGCCUUUAAAAUAAUCUUGUUGCGGUUUUUGGCAUUAAGCGGAACUGAACAGUCACACUGAAUGACAAUAUUAAUCUCCACUCAUGCAGUUUCACUUGAGAGUAAUUGGUAGGCUCCAUAGAUUAAAAAUGUACACUAUAUGAACAUAACGUAAAUAAAUGCAGAUUUUAACCAUAACACUGUGCAUUGUGGGCAAUAUCUAUAACGUGAUGAAGUGAACUUCAGUUUUUCCUUGUUAUCAUAGACACCUCAUCUUGGUUUUGUUCUCUUUUCUUCAGAAUUCUGGUAUUGCUCUCUGCUAGUGUUCUCUGCUAGACCUCAUUGACCCCUUCUGUCAUAUCUACAGUAUAAUACUUAUAAACAACAUACAUAAAAAGAUAACUUCAAUGUCAAUGUUGUUUGGAAACCAGGGGCCUGGUUAAUGUACAUUUGUGAUAUGAGGUCAUUUGUGGUUUCCUAGAUUCAUUGUAUGUAAUUAAUUUACAGCAUUUCUUAAGUAAUCUAUGUGACCCAAAUUGGUAUAUGUAAAUAAAUGUAUAGUUUCAAUAGUGAAACUUUUUUGAUAAUUCUGCUGAGCUGUAAAACAUAAUUACUUAAUGUAUGUGUUUUUUUUUUCUUUUUGGGAGUGAAAAGAAAUUCAAACACUUACUGUGGAUGAUGAAAGUGAAAAUGGGAACAAAGUUUAUCUUUGAUAAAGGAUUUGGGAAGGUAUUUAAGGCAUUUGAUAACCAUUUUUUGUGAAAAUCAAUUUCCAGGUGUCCCAUUGAAGUCAGUAACCAUCUGGAUUUAUUUCCCCAAAAAGAUACCAAGGAAAGCUUUACCUUGACUCAUAUAUCAGUCAUUUAAAUCUGGUGAGGUCAUGAUGGCAUGAUCUAAGUUAGAUAAUAAAUAAUACAAUUUAUUUGCAAUGUUUGAGUGAUAAAUUCCUUUAUGCUAUAGAAAAUGUUCAAACUGAUAUUCACUGGAAUAGUUUAGUUCAGUUUAUUUUUGCAGUGCUUUUUGGAAAACUGGAUCUGGUUUGAUUUGUUGUUGAUUUUUGUUCCAAGAUCAAUAUAUGUUAUGUUUUGUCCUGUCCUCCGAAAAAUAUACGUUUGAUGUGGUCUUAAAAUACUAAUAAUGUAAUUGAACAGUAAUUGGACUGUGUCCACCAGGGGGUGCUAAUGUAACAGCAUCCGCAGGAGCUCGUACGAGAGGUAGUCAGAGACUUGAUAAAUCUUAAAUCAAAACGACCUACUGUAAUUAUGGGCACAUUGUCAUACAAACACUUCAGCAAAUGCGAAUUCUAUAAAAAUCAAUGACACAUUUGAUUAGGACUGUCCAUUUGUUUGUGUUUGUUGUCUAGUCAAAACCUUCCAACACUGUAAAUUCUGCCUGCAUGGGACCAUGCCAGAUUCGUAAAAUGGGACAGGUGAAUGUGUGAACAUGCAUUUAAAUGAAGCUUUGAAGUGUGUGUGUGUGUGUGUGUGUGUGUGUGUGGGCGCGCGCGCGCGUGUGUGAUCGUGCAAGCUGAUCAUGUGCAAUUCUUAACGUUGCCACUGUGAAGUGAGAGAGA